AAAAUUCGAGUGAUUCGAUUUUAUGGUGUCAUUGACAAUGUUUUAAUUGAAGAUGACUAAGAACGUUGGCUAGAAUAUGAAGUCGAUUCAGGCCCGGUUGAACCACCGAUUCCGAAAAACUUUGGCGAUGGACAAGCCGUCUAGCAGCAAUAGCAAUCGAAUGAGCAGGAGCACUUCGAACUGCAGGAGCCCGGCCAUAAUACGCAGUCCGCUGAACUCUGAGGAAUUUCAGGACUCGGCAACGGCAGCCGCCACACAACAACGGCUUUUCUGGAGCGGCCAGCGGGCCUCGACGGCGGGCAGGGAUGAUAAAACCAAGCCUGAUUCGACUGCCGCCGGAAAAAAGAAGCCACCUACGACGACAAGGCAGUCAAAUUUUACCCAGACCGAACGAAGACGGACACAUCGCAAGCUGAGUCCGCGGAGCACGCGUUGCAAUUCGGUGGCAGUUACGGCGCUGGUCAGCAGAGAAAAUAUACCGCAAACAUCCGGUAAGCGCGGAAAAAAAACUCCGAGCCACCGGAGCACACUAAUAAGUACUCCAUCGAAAACACUACAAUUAAAAACGGCCGCAGGGUACAGAAGGCCAGAGGACCUAACCGCCCGGUGCAGUGCGUCGCACGAGGGGCGCAAGCUUCUGCAGGAGCGGCUGAUGGUGCGGGUGGACGCACUGUUCAACAUGCUCUUCUCUGCCUCGCCGUUCCUGCAGAGCUUCCAUGAGCGGCGCAAGUCCACCGAUCUGAAUAUGGGCGUCUGGGCGCGAAAUGCCGGCGGCCAGAAUCAGCGCACUGUCUCAAUGACUGUGGCACUUCAGGCGAACGUUGGUCCCAAAACUGCCAAAAUUACCGAGACACAGACCAUGCGCGAGUGCAGCCAACCCGGCCAACUGUACUCGAUCGAUGUGCAGAGCGUUAACGCAGAUAUCCCCUACGCGGACACCUUCGUCGUCCUGAUGCACUUCUGCCUGAAGGCCACCGUGGAAGAGCACACGGACGUUUUGGUCUUUGCCGAGAUCCAGUUUCUCAAGUCCGUGUGGGCAGUGGUCAAGACCUUUAUCGAGAGGAACGCGUACGCGGGUCUCGAGGAGUUCUGUCAAUCUCUAUACAGCGCCCUACUGAUUGAGAUUAGGAAGAUGUAGGCGGCCAGAGGGCUCAAAUACACUUCAAAAUAGCUGACUGUG